UGUCAAAAUUACCAGCUGUUUCUGCUGUAUUUAUUCAGUUUGUUUCAUUUCUUUGUAAAUAAAUGUUAUUUUAAUAAUAUUAUCUCCUGCUGGCCUCUCAACCUUAUACCUACUGAUAAUGAGUGCAUUAUCAUUCAUCAAAUCGACUAAAGGAAAAGUAAUUUUGGGUACCGUUUUCGCUCUACACUGUGUUGUUUACGUGGCGAAACCAUCGUUCUUCAAAGGAGAUAACCAAAAUAAAGUUAUCGGCGUACCGCCUAAAUAUCUUCCAGAGAAAUAAACAAUAAACUGUGACAUAACUUUUAAUAUUAAGCAACGAAUAACUAGUUUACGAAACAUAACCUAAAAAUUCAUGAUCUUCACAAGGUUAACAUCUGCAAGUAGAAACUUAGUAAACUUAAGUGUUAGAAACAUGAGUUCCGGCAAGUCUAAAGUGUUUGUUACCCGCAAUGAUAUGCCGAAAUGCGGCUUGGAUUUACUUAAUAAAGAAUGUGACGUUUCCUACUGGGACAAGCCAUCCCCGGCCCCUCGUCAGGAGCUGCUGAAGCGAGUCGCCGGCACCAACGCCAUCUACUGCGCACUGUCAGACAAGAUAGACCGAGAGUUGCUGGAUGCCGCUGGCCCUCAGCUGAAGGUUGUGUCUACUAUAUCUGUUGGCUACGACCAUGUCGAUGUGGUGGAGUGCAGGAAGCGUGGCAUCAGGAUUGGAUAUACUCCUGAUGUGCUGACGGAUGCUACUGCUGAGCUUACUUUGGCUCUACUGCUGUGCACAUCACGUCGCCUGACAGAAGCCAUUCACGAAGCCAAGACUGGAGGCUGGGUCUCUUGGGCGCCAACAUGGAUGACAGGGCCCGGCCUGGCUGGAGCCACUGUUGGGAUUGUUGGCUUCGGUAGAAUCGGACAGGCUGUAGGCAGGAGAGUCAAGGCAUUCAACACUGCCAAGAUCUUAUACUUCAACAGAAGCGAAAAAGCAGAGGCAAAAGAAAUUGGAGCUGAAAAAGUCAGUUUUGAUGAGCUACUAGAAAAGAGUGACUUUGUUAUUUGUACAGCAGCUUUAGUACCUGAGACUAAGGAGAUGUUCAACAAGGCAGCAUUUGCCAAGAUGAAGAAUACAGCUGUGUUUGUGAAUACGAGUCGCGGUGGAACCGUGGAUCAGGAUGCUUUGAUUGAGGCUCUGCAGAACAAUGUGAUAUGGGGGGCGGGGCUGGACGUGACCACGCCAGAGCCACUGCCGCUGGACAGUCCCCUGUUUAAGAUGAAGAACUGUGUGGUGCUGCCACAUAUAGGCAGUGCUGCCAUUGAAGCCAGGGAUACCAUGAGCACACUCACUGCACAGAAUAUUCUGGCUGCAUUGAAUGGCAAGGAUAUGCCUGCUGAGCUCAAGUGACUACAUUUAUAGUUAGCAGUUAGUGUAUAAAUAAGAAACAAGCUUUGAGCUUGAGUAAUGUAUGUAAUACAUUUAUGGAGAAUAUUAUGAUACUAUGUAGUAAUAAUAAUAAAUAGUAUGUUAACAAUGUA